AUGGUGAACCAACAGAUCCACCAGCGCAACGCCGCCAUUGAACACCAAUUAGCACAACGCCGAGCCCGAAAACCAACCGACCGAUCGAUGCCUGAUGGUGUGGAUGACCUAGUAAUCGGUGACAGUGUAAACCAAUACAAAGAGCUACGCGGAAUGGAGAAAAAGCUAGACCAUGUUAUGGCUAGGAAGCGAUUAGAGAUCCAUGACGCCUUCAGCAGAAACAUUAAAAGACAAAGGACCAUGCGAAUAUGGAUAUCCAACACCGCAACCUAUCAGCCCUGGCAGACCAAUACGGAAGAGGGCGGCUUCACCUUUGAAGCAGAGGGCGAACCGUCAUAUUCGGUCAAAAUAGAAGGAAGGCUCCUCGAAGACCCCGAAGAUGACAUCCUGCAUGAUUCCGAUGAAGAUGAUGAAGCCCACGGAGACGAUUCAGGCAGACGGCACGUAACCAAGCAGCCCUUGAACUCAUUUACCCAUUUCUUCAAGGCCAUCAAUGUCGAGUUCGACAAAGCCCGCACCAGCACUGGCGAUCCAAACUACCAAGUAUCCUGGAAGAAGGCUGCAAACACUCCCGCAAACAGUGCUGAUCUCGAUUACAUUCAGUUCCAGCGCAGAUCUGACGAGAACAUGAAUGUCACUGUGUGUCUGACGAGAGAUGAACAACCAGAACGCUUCCGUUUAAGUCAGGCACUUGCAGCCACAUUGGACAUGGAGGAAGCGGAUCGUGCGGAAGUUGUCAUGGGCAUUUGGGAUUAUGUCAAAGCCAUGGGUCUGCAAGAAGACGAAGAAAGACGUACCAUUCGCUGCGACGAACGCCUUCGCCAGAUUUUCAACACAGAGACUCUAUUCUUCCCACAAGCGGCCGAACGGCUUGUUCCACAUCUUCACCCGCUACCGCCCGUUCGACUACCAUACACAAUUCGAGUGGAUGAAGCAUUCCAAUCGAAUCCGGAAUCAACAGUGUACGACAUCCAAGUCACCAUCGAAGACCCGUUGCGUGCACUGAUCUUAAAAUUGACACAGAACCCCGAACAUCAAGCUGCUCUGCGUCAAAUUUCCAGGGUUGACGAUGAACUUGCCGUGCUUGUUCAGGCUAUUCAGCAUCAUAAAUCGAGACACGCCUUCUUCAAUUCCAUGUCCAAAGACCCCAAGGCAUUCAUGGAUCGUUGGAUGAAUAGCCAAAAGAAAGAUUUGAGUGUUCUCCUCGCUGAGGCAGAGAGAGGAGAUGUUGCUGGCAUGGAAUUCGCAAAGGGAGGUGACGACGGCGUUUGGAAUGCAGAUGUCGUUCGCGAGGCAGUGAGAUAUCGGCUCGCAAGAGCAGAGGCAGUCAAAUAG